AAUCAAGCACAAGGAGAAGAUGUAAAACUGUUUUGGAAGGGUGUUGAACUCGAAAAAAUCGAGUCAGAAAAUAAAUUACUGGAAGUGAAAAUAAAGCAAGCCAAACUUCAGUUUUCUGUUGAUCGUACUUUGGUAGGGAAUGAAGCUCAUAUAAUCUUUGACCAGAAAAAACUAGAUUAUGCCUUGAACUCAAAUAUUGCUCUGAAAAAUAUCAGAAAGCAUUUGGCAGAUGGUGAGAGCAUGGAAAAUAUUCAUUCGUACAAAUGUCAAUGUGAGAAUGAGGUUGAGCUACAAACACCUGAACACCAAAUUUAUUCGUCAGAACAAAAACUCGGUUCAUCUGAAGUGUCUUCAAAUGAUCACAAUAACAAUGAGGAUGAGUUUGGCAUAAAAGACAAGAAUCUUUUCAAACAAAGAUUUGAUGCAUUGGAAAACUUGAAGAAAUGGAAACUGAAGUCAGGGAGAUUUGUUGAGGAUGUUCUUUACAAGCUUGGAAUACAAUGCCGAUACCAUAAUCUUGUUCAUUCUUUUAUCAUUGAUAUUGAGGAUACCUUUAUUAAGGAUGAAUUCACAGGAGAAGAGAUAUCUGAAAUUGUUGAAAAAGGGAACAGACAAAGUAGACCGGAAAUUGACAAAAGGCUUUUUGAAUACAUAAACACGUUUGCCAAAAAUUCUACAAAGGAAAUACGAAAAGCAUUGAAUAUAAUGCAUCCCCAAUUAGGAGAGAAUUACAACCCACAAACAGAUUUUGCUUACGAUCAUGUGAAGACUACAGUUGCUGAUUGGGUACAAAUUCUUGAGAUGCAACCUAAUCCACUUACUCUGGAUUUGCCAGAGGCCUGGUACUGGGAUGCAUAUGUUAGGACGUUUGGUUUGACAUCAACUGAUUGGGUGGCAUCAGAAGCUGGAAAAAAGUGGGAGGGUGCACAUGGCACCAAGUUCAUGAAAGAAUCCAGUCUGAGUUUACCAAGAACUCUAAAAGAUAUUUUAAUCCAUCUCGCCGCCAAGAUUGAUUUUGAAGAACAAAAGAUGAGAAAGCUGGAUGUAAUUGGCUUCAUUCAUUCAG